AUGGAGAGGGGUUCUGGUAUUAUCCACCGCAGUGUGCCUGUACAAAUUACACAAUCCAAAUCUAUGCCUUCGACUCCUUUCCAACGCCCACAGUCUCGAUCAGACCUGAGAAAUUCUCCUUCUCCAGACCAGCCCUUGAAACACGGGUCCCCUCGCUCACAACCUUCCUCAGACAGGAGUCACACUCCACCCACUGUACGAAAACGUUAUGGAGGUUGCAAGUAUGAGACCGGUAUGGCAAGGGCAAGACGGCGGGUUCCUUAUUCACUCGGGCCCGAACCGUUGGACAAGGACAAAGGGGAUCUGAAAUCGCGGUUGACUCAUGAGGAGGACGAGAAGUUGACUAAACAGAUGACACAACUCUACCAAGAUCUCCAACCUACACCAGAGAGCGAAGAACGCCGGUCAAACUUUAUUGCAAAAUUAAAGCGCAUCCUUUUGGCACGUUGGCCAAACUCCUCGAUUACCGUCAAUGUUUUCGGGUCAACAGGAAACAAUCUGGGGACUUCGGACUCUGAUGUCGACAUUUGUAUCACCACGGACUGCAAGGAGUUAGAACAUGUCUGCUCAAUUGCUGAGCUACUUGCAAACAAUGGUAUGGAAAGAGUCGUCUGCGUUUCAAGCGCCAAGGUACCGAUCGUCAAGGUCUGGGAUCCAGAAUUACAGGUUGCGUGUGACAUCAACGUCAACAACCCAUUAGCAUUGGAAAAUACCGAGAUGGUGCGGACGUACGUCGCGAUUGAUAGUCGCGUACGCCCAUUGGCGAUGAUCAUCAAAUACUGGGCCAAGCGCAGAAUAUUGAAUGAUGCUGGUAGGUCACAAUUUACCCCAAUCCAGAUGAGUUGUACUGAUACCCCCAUAGCCCUUGGAGGCACUCUCAGCUCCUAUACAUGGAUUUGCCUUGCAUUAAACUUCCUCCAAACUCGCGAUCCUCCAGUGUUGCCGGCCUUGCAGCAAGCGGCCUUGGAACCCAAGUUGCUGGCUGGAGUAAACGUGUCCUUUGAUCGAGACACAGCCAACUAUGAAAAUUUUGGUGCUCGGAGCAAGUCAUCCUUGGGAGAGCUUCUCUUUCACUUUUUCCGAUAUUACGGCCACGAGCUAGAUUUCGAGCACAAUGUGGUGUCGGUACGACUCGGCAAAGUGCUACCAAAAGUUGAGAAAUCCUGGCAUUUAUUGCAGGAUAAUCGCCUUUGUGUUGAAGAGCCUUUCAACAUCUCCCGAAACCUCGCCAACACGGCUGAUGACACAUCCAUGCGCGGAAUUCACUUGGAGCUGCGGCGUGCCUUUGAUCUCCUUGGACAGGGGAAGCUUGAUGCGUCUUGCGAACAAUUCGUGCACGCCCCUGAAGAGAUUAAACCCUCUGAUAUAUUCGUUCCUCCGUCCUCCCGUCCGGUAAUCCCACAGGCACCCACGCAACCAUCAAGAGGUGGUCGAAAUGGGGCACGAGGGGGGAGGCAUGCGAGUCAUACAAAUCGUAACGUCAAUGGCAGAAGAUCAUCAAACCCUUCUGGACGUGCCUCCACCUAUCUUCGCAAUUUGCCAUUUCAAAUGACGACACAGGAAUUGCAGGCUCAACAGCAACAUCAGCAACAUCUCCUGCAUGACCAGCUAUUCCAGCAAUACCAGUAUCUGCAGCUUCAAGAACAGGAACUGAGGAUGCAGCUUCAUCAGCGAGAACUCCGGCAGCGGGGCCUUCUUGGAUCAGGAUACACCCAAGUGACGGGCUAUCCGUCAUUUGUCAGUCAUGAGGAUGGCCUGGAUGCAACGAGUGGCCAAAUCAAUGGUGUGGGGCGCGCGCCUCUAUCGGCACCAUUAUACCAGCAACGCUUCACCCCCCAGUCGCCCUAUUUGAUGGCAUCUCACUCGUCUCAAGGCGUCGCUACCGACCCGCCGUCUCCCCGGGUCAACACAGUGUAUCCUGAUAGUAGGAGGUUCUCUCGGCGUACUUCGCUGACACAAUCAGCCACCGGCGGAUCUUUGCGAGCCCAUUCACAGCCAGCUCGGGUGAUGCCAAUCUCUUCGCUUCAACAGUUUCACUCGAGGCCAGAUGUCCCCGGAUUUCAUGAUUCUCUUGUCGGACGCAGGUCGUCCGCCUCAUCGACUUCCCAUGAGCACGUGGCUGGCGGCGUAGAACAUGCUUUCGGGUUGUCUGGCUCGAUGCAUGACGCAGGGCGACGACCGGCUGAGUAUCUUGGAUACUAUGUUGGUCAAUCCCCCUCUUUAUCUGCCUAUACCCAAAGUACGACUAUAUCACCCAUCCCUUCACAUGCCGGCUUGGCGAUUCAAAACGGUGGACUAUCUCCUCGCCUAGCAUCGGCGGCAAUACGAGCCUCUCAGGCUCCCCAAGGCCCUUCAUCGCAGUCAGCCAGCAAUGAUAGUAUGCAAACAACUGGAGGAGAUUCACAAGCGAACCAAAAUGAACAUUCGGCAGUAGAGGUGGAAAAGCCAAGGACGGGCCCCUUGGUAGUUGAUGGAUCUAUCAAUUCGCCUCGAAGGAGACGCCAAAAUCAUUUGGCGCAUGAUCUCGACGAGCAAAUGAAUCUGAGUGCUUCAACGUCGGAGGAUUUUGCUUUCGACACGCCUUCAAGCUCCGAUGAGCAGUCACAGGACGCCCUUGAUUUCACUGCUCGGGAACGAAGUCCAUCUCAUAGUCCUAGGGCAAUUCAACUCAAGGUGGGGCAGAAAUCGAUUGCAAACGGAGUUCCCGUGGGCCAUCCACCACUGCAGGAACCGAUCAAACUUGGAGAGGACUUGUCCGGCGUGGAGGGACGAAUCGACUCGGAUGCACUGACGGGCAUUGGCUUAUCCAGGUUAACGAUAAAUGGAGCUUGGCCAUUGGAUCGUAAGCUCUCUUCAGUUGAGGAGGUUCGCACACCGUCGCCCAAAGUGGAAGGGUACAGGUCGAUGAGCGACUCUCCCGAGACGACAGCCAGACCUACGUCACCUCUUCUCCGCGGAGAGGGAACCUUUCAUGGACAGGACAAGGUAUUGGGCCCGAGAACAAAUGGGACUUUACCGACAUACGGUCUCGCUUUGAGCUCUGGGAACAACAUCAACUCGAACAGUGCCUGGCAGACUCAGAAGAAAAAGAAGAAGAACAAGAAGGUAGUGAAGCCCGUCACGGAGACCCAAGGACUCAACAAUUCUGGAGGUGAAACACCACCUGAAAAUGAGUCCCUACGGAAAGGUGGCUAG